AUGACGACAACUGUGGGCCUGCUAUCGCCUUUGUUGCCGCCGACCGCGGUGACCGCUGCCGUGGCCGAAGAGCACCAGCAACAAGACUACUACUACGUACCUCAGCCGCAGCCUACGCGCGUCGUACGCAUGAAAAUGUGGAGUGACGACGACGACGAAAACAAUUAUUGCGCCGACGACAAUUCGACGAAUAGUUUCUUAUUACUGAACAACAUGGGUAUUCAUGUUCCUCCGAUGACAACAAUAAAUACAAGCAUGUCUAAUGAAACUAGCAAUGAAUCAAAUGCAUGCAAAAGACGGUUAUCUUCGUCAUUGGAAAAUGAUCAUAUUCCUAAAAUAGCUAGGCGUAUGGUUAAUAACGAGGAUCUAUUGCUAAAUGAUCUUAUUGUCGAGCAAUUGGAUUCUGCGUCUCAACUAGAUGACGACAAUGCAACAUCAUCAAUUGUUGCUGCUAUAGCUGCCGUUACUGAUGAUUCAGAUUGUAGUAUUGAAGAUGAUGAUGACGAUGACGAUGAUGAUGACGAAGAUGAUGAUGACGAUGAUCAAUAUUUACCUGCUGGUAGUUUAUCACUAUCCUCGUCCAACAGUAACAAUGUCACAAAUUCCACAAAUUCUUCUUCAUUGUCGACACUGUCGCCCUCCCAACAGCAUCACAAUCAGAAUCAUUGGAGGCAACAUCACCAACAGCAGCAAACUAUCAAAUGCGACACUAACGGUAAGUGUUAUUUGGAUUUAGGUAGCGGUGGUAGCAGCACAACGCUGACAACAACCAUGGCUACAAUACAACCACGAAUCAACAGUGAACCAGAAUGCUGUGAGCUAGGGCGUUGUGUACCUUCAACACAGUGUUAUAGACGUCGUAGAGCCGCAGUGUUUGAUGCAUCAAUGCGCAAAUUAGGAAAAUCAAGUGGAUCUGGAAAUAAUGGCUCACAACAAAGUUGCGAAGCUGGACUCCGGAGGUCUGUGCUCAUUUGCAACACAUUAAGAUUGAUUGAGCGUGAAAUGUCACGAGAAGCUGCUGCUGCAGCUCAACAAGCCCAACAACGCCGUUGCUGUGCAUCGUCGCCAUCGAAUACGUCACAGCAAUUGAUCCAACAGCAACAGAUCGAUGCUUCACACCAACAUAAUAAUCAUAACAACAACAAUAACAACAGACGAUCUCCCACACCAUACCCCACAGAAUACAGAAAUGGCCGACAGGAAAUUAUGGUUGAGCAUAACAGCAGUAGCAGUAGCAGCAGCAGCAGUAGUAGCAGCACAACAGAUUCCAUUGACUCUGGUGUGGACGAUGAAUACUAUUAUGAUGAAGAUGAUGAUGAUGACGAUCAUCAUAGCCAUACCACAGUGAUGACAAAUAAUCAUCAAGAUCUAAAUAACCAUCAUCUCCAAUAUUACCAUUUGAACGGAAGUAUUGAAGAUUGUGACAAUUAUAUUCAUUUKGAUGAUUAUGAUGAAGACGGCGAUGAUGAUGAAGAUGAUGAAGACGAUCCUAAUAAUUCUCCUUUAACAGAACUACAAAUUUAUGAUAACAGUUUCAAUAACAAAAGAAACACAGCAUUGAGUAUUGGGGAUCACCAUUCUGACGAUAACAUACUACCAUUAAUGGGUAAUAGUAAUACAACAACGGUUACAUCUAUUGAUUGGGGUUCAGUUCUAAGUUUGUCUUCGUCGAAUAGCAACAACAAUGGCAAUAAUUCACAGUCUGCGUCGUCAACUUCAAUAACAUUGAUGAAUAGUAUUGAUAGUGAUUGUGAUGAUAUCACAACAAUAAUAUCUGCUACAAAUCAAGAUCGUAAAUCUCAACAGCAUAAACGUAGGAGGAGACACUAUAAACAUCAUUACAAUCAUAGUCAAAUUCAUACAAAAUACAGACAUCACCAUUCCCAUCAUCAUCAAAGGUCGCAAAAACGUCGAGAACGUGGAUUAACUACAACAUUACCUAUGUCAAAAAACAGGACAUCAAAUUAUUAAGUUCAGUCACAAGUAGGCUCUUGUAAUAAUGAAUAAACUACCUACUUAAUAAUUGCAAUAAUAUGCUCAUUGGAAAAUUGCAACAAAUUUUAAAAAGCAUCAAUACUAAGUUGUCUGGUUUUGAUAUUACAAUGGCAAACUAUAUUUACCUAGAUGUUUACACAUGUACCUGAUAGAUCACAUAUUAUAUAAUUUUUGAAUGCCUACCUAUAAAGGUAUGGAUAUGCAAAUAGCAACCAACAAGGAUGGCUGUGUAAUAUUAUAACCACCGGGCAGCUCAAUUAUUAUUAUUAUUAUUAUUUUUAAUUUUAAUGUAGGUUAUGUUUUAUUUUAUUAUCUCUUAUAGUAUAUAUUUGUGCAGACGUAUGUUUUCUUUUCCAAAGUAAAUUAACAACCAAACAUAUUAAAUUCUCCAUCAUAACACCUUCACAAUAACAGUUUAAUGUUUUGCAAUAAAUAUAUAUGAAUGUGUUGAUAUUAUGUCAUAUAAUAUGUUAAGAGACUCUUGUUACCAUU